CGAUCGGAGUGAUGCCGCGUAGGGUUUUCGUUUCGUUCGCGCGCCAAACAAUCCUGUAACAAGUGGCGGGACAGAGAUCUCCAGUGUGGUCCGUGCUAGUUUCUAGUAUCCUUUUUAGGCACGCCAGAGCCAGUAUGAGUAGCGCGGCGAAUGGUCCGCUUCUGGUAUCGGUGCUCUGCGUGAUCCUGUCGCUCGGAGGAUCGAACGCCGAAACCCGUAGGGAGGUGACAGAUCGUUCGAAUCAAGUGUAUCUCGGUUGCCACAAGCGCCUGUUCACCUACCGCGUAUCGCAAACGGAUAGUAAGGGCCGCACUUGUUGGGAUCAUGUGUCAGUGUUGUCCUGCUGGGGUCGGUGUGAUUCGAACGAAAUCUCGGACUGGCGCUUCCCGUAUAAACGCUCGCACCAUCCCGUUUGCGUCCAUGGGGGACGCACGAAAGCGGUGGCCAUGCUGAGGCACUGCCACCCGGACGCGGACCCCGAGGCGCGGCAGUACGAAUACAUGGAACCGAAAUCGUGCAACUGUCAGACCUGCUCGAGCACGGAUACCAGUUGCGAGGGACCGAAGCAGCUGAACACGGAAGCGGUGACUAAGAUCUUUCAAAUCGAAGACGAGGACACGGAGCCGGAGUACACAUAAUGGGGAGGAUAUGAAUUAGCCAACGUCUGCCGGACCUGUCGACCCUACGGUAGCCAUUCAACGUGAUGAAAGUUGUUCCGGAAUGCCCUGGGCAAUGUACAGAUCGCAAGUGGUCGGUCGAUAACAAGUACAAGAGAAUUGAAAACAAACUAGAGAAGGAAUAAACGUUGAAUUUAUUUUUUGUGCCAAUACCAGACUAUUUCACCAAACAAUACAGUAGUACUGGUCACAGUUGUUUCGGGGGCGACUUGCAAGCUGCUAUAUUGAUCCUGUAAGCAAACCCAAACAGACCGGCCGUAUCGAGACUUUCGUUUAUCGGAUUAGAUUUAUUCAUAUACACUCAACGCUAAACGCUUACCUAGUC